CACCGGAGCCUCCGUGGGCGGGCUCGGGGUUGAGGACCUUCAACGGGGAGAGAGGCGCGGCCCGGCGCGGGGCAGAAGGCUCCGUCUGUUCGCCCGGCAUCUUUGUUUGGCCGGCUGCUGCUGGGGAGAGGAGCGGCGAGGCCCGCACGGUCGCAUUCCCCCGUUCCUCCUCGGGGCCCGAGCCGGCCGGGAGCUGCCUCAGCGUUCGGCUUUGCGCUGGGUGGAAGGCUGAGGGCUGAAGAAGGCUUUGCAGUGACGGGUCUCCCUUCCCCGCGUUUUCCGACCCGAUAUCGGCUCCUCGCUGCUGGGAUUAUAAAUGUUUGGACGGAGACCCAGGAAACUGAAAGGUGAGCCUCCUGUUGGAAUUCGCAGAAGAGAAAAGGAAGGAGGCUUUUCCAAAUCCCUCGCGAUAAAACUCGAGCCGUUUUCCCAUGCUGCCCGUAUUCUGUUUAAUAAUGCGAUUGUGACCUGAGUGGGAUUUCCGAGCCAUGAACUGUUGAAGCUUUUGCACCAGAGCGUUGGACUACGUUGUUUUUCUCUCUGCACAUGAUUCCUCCAUCCCAGCUGUUGCAGGACCUAUGGGCCAACAAUAGACUGGAGGUUAAUUCUCACAUUCUUCUGUGCUGGGGACUUGGCUAGUUAGCUGGAGUUGCUGCUGCUUUUUAUUGGAGCUGCUCUUUAUUGGGCAGUUUUAUUUGUUUUCACAUACACGGGGUGUUUCAGCUAAGCAGAUGUUGGACUGAAGCUGAAUGGAUGCUUUGCAAUCCACAAGAUUUUGGAGGAUAAGAAAAAACUACUAAAAACAGAAGAACCGGUACUGCUGGAAACCUGGAGCCCGUUUUCCAAGCCUUUUUAUUUUAUUGAGCAAGAUGAUGUGUGAGGUGAUGCCAACCAUCAGCGAGGCAGAGAUUCCCUCUGGGGGAAAUGGAGGCCAUGGUUCAGGUUCCCCAUUACAGUCAGAUGCUGAUUCCCAUUUUGAGCAGUUAAUGGUAUCCAUGUUGGAAGAAAGGGAUCGCCUUCUGGAAACACUAAGAGAAACUCAGGAGACGCUAGCAUUGACCCAGGGCAAGCUGCAUGAAGUUGGUCAUGAAAGAGAUUCCUUGCAGAGACAGCUCAAUACUGCACUUCCACAGGAAUUUGCAGCACUUACGAAAGAGCUAAAUGUAUGCAGGGAACAGCUGCUUGAAAGAGAAGAAGAAAUUGCUGAACUGAAAGCAGAAAGAAAUAAUACUAGGCUAUUACUGGAACAUUUGGAGUGUCUUGUCUCCAGGCAUGAGCGAUCUCUCAGAAUGACUGUUGUGAAGAGACAAGCUCAAUCUCCAGCAGGAGUUUCUAGUGAAGUAGAAGUUCUCAAAGCACUAAAAUCUUUAUUUGAACACCACAAAGCCCUUGAUGAAAAGGUAAGGGAGAGGUUACGAGUAGCACUUGAAAGAUGUAGUUUAUUGGAAGAAGAACUAGGUACUACGCAUAAAGAGUUAAUGAUUCUGAAAGAGCAAAAUAAUCAGAAAAAAACGCUUCCAGAUGGGAUGCUGGAUAUGAAUCAUGAACAAGAAAAUACACCAACUACAAAUGGGAAGCGAUCUUCUGAUGGUUCUUUGUGCCAUGAUGAAAAUCUUGCUAAAGUGAUUGAACUCCAAGACAUCAUAGAUAAGCAAAACAAGGAACAGACACAAAUGAAAGAACGCCUUACUGCUUUAUCUAGUAGAGUAACGGAGCUAGAAGAAGAUCUUGACACAGCUAGAAAAGACUUAAUAAAGUCUGAAGAGAUGAACACAAAAUUGCAGAGAGAUGUACGAGAGACUAUGGCCCAGAAGGAGGACAUGGAAGAGAGAAUUACAACUCUUGAAAAACGCUACCUCGCUGCACAACGUGAAGCUACAUCUGUGCAUGACCUCAAUGAUAAACUUGAAAACGAAAUAGCCACUAAAGACUCCAUGCAUCGACAGAGUGAAGAUAAGAACAGGCAAUUGCAAGAAAGGCUGGAACUAGCUGAGCAGAAGCUGCAGCAGACUUUGAGAAAAGCUGAAACUUUACCAGAGGUGGAAGCUGAGCUAGCACAGAGAGUUGCAGCACUUUCAAAGGCUGAAGAGAGGCAUGGCAAUAUAGAAGAGCGACUGAGACAGAUGGAAGCACAGUUAGAAGAAAAGAAUCAAGAACUACAAAGGGCUAGACAGAGAGAGAAGAUGAACGAAGAGCAUAAUAAACGCUUGUCAGAAACUGUGGAUAAGCUACUCUCUGAAUCUAAUGAAAGGCUUCAGCUUCAUCUCAAGGAGAGGAUGGCUGCCUUGGAAGAUAAGAAUUCACUUCUGCGAGAAAUUGAAAAUGCAAAAAAACAAAUAGAGGAACUUCAGCAUGAGAAGGAUAAACUUAUAUUAAGUAUUGACGCGCUAAGGGCUGAAAAUGACCAAGUGAGACUCAGAGCCACAUCACUUCAUCAUAGCCGGCCAGAUUUCAGAUACCCAAUGGCAUCUUCAUCUGUGGCUGACAGUCAUGCAGACUCUUAUGGCACCUCUUCUGUGCUGAGGCGUCCUCAGAAGGGGCGUUUGGCAGCUCUCAGAGAUGAGCCUUCAAAGGUUCAAACUCUGAAUGAGCAGGACUGGGAGCGAGCCCAGCAAGCAAGUGUAUUGGCAAACGUGGCACAAGCAUUUGAAAGUGAUGUCGAUGUGUCUGAUGGUGAGGAUGACAGGGAGACUAUAUUCAGUUCAGUUGAUCUGCUGUCACCAAGUGGUCAGGCUGAUGCUCAGACUUUGGCCAUGAUGCUUCAGGAACAGCUGGAUGCAAUUAACAAAGAGAUUAGGCUUAUACAGGAAGAAAAGGAAAACACUGAACAGCGUGCAGAGGAAAUUGAAAGCAGAGUGGGUAGUGGGAGCUUGGAUGCCCAUGGCCGAUUCAGGUCCAUGAGCUCCAUUCCUCCUCCCUAUGCAAGUGGUUCCCUUGCUGGUUCUUCCCCACCUGGCAGUGGCCGCUCCACCCCAAGGCGGAUUCCGCAUAGCCCAGCUAGGGAAGUGGACAGACUAGGUAUCAUGACACUGUCUCCAGCUUCUAGAGAAGAGGUACGUGAUGAUAAAGCGACAAUAAAAUGUGAGACAUCCCCACCUUCUUCACCUCGAUCUUUGCGUUUGGACAGAGUCCAAAAAGGAGCUUUGCAUACGGUGAGCCACGAAGAUAUCAGGGACAUAAGAAAUUCAACCGGCUCACAGGAUGGUCAAGCAAGUAAUCCUAGUAGCAGCAAUAGUAGCCAAGAUUCCCUUCACAAAGCCCCCAAAAAGAAGGGGAUUAAAUCCUCUAUUGGCCGCUUGUUUGGCAAGAAAGAAAAGGGACGACCCGGACAAACAAGCAAGGAAGCAUUAGGACAAGUUGGCAUGGCAGAGGCAGAUAGUUCCUCUCAGGAUGCAUUAGGCCUUAGCAAACUUGGAGGUCAGGCAGAAAAAAACAGAAAAAUGCAGAAAAAGCAUGAGUUGCUUGAGGAAGCCAGAAGACAAGGUUUACCUUUUGCACAAUGGGAUGGACCUACAGUAGUUGUAUGGUUGGAGCUGUGGGUAGGGAUGCCAGCCUGGUAUGUGGCUGCGUGCCGAGCAAAUGUGAAAAGUGGUGCUAUUAUGUCAGCUUUGUCUGAUACGGAAAUACAGCGUGAAAUUGGAAUUAGUAAUCCCCUGCACAGACUGAAGCUGAGACUGGCCAUUCAGGAGAUCAUGUCACUAACAAGUCCGUCUGCCCCUCCCACCUCAAGGACGACCACGGGAAAUGUCUGGGUAACACAUGAAGAAAUGGAAAAUCUUACAGCCACACAACAAACGGAAGAUGAGGAGGGAAGCUGGGCUCAGACAUUAGCAUAUGGUGAUAUGAACCACGAGUGGAUUGGCAAUGAAUGGCUCCCUAGUCUGGGGCUCCCUCAGUAUCGCAGCUAUUUCAUGGAAUGUCUUGUUGAUGCUCGAAUGCUGGAUCACUUAACUAAAAAAGAUCUACGUGGCCAACUUAAAAUGGUGGACAGUUUUCACAGAAACAGUUUUCAGUGUGGAAUUAUGUGCCUAAGAAGACUGAACUAUGAUCGAAAAGAACUUGAAAGAAAAAGAGAGGAAAGCCAAUCUGAAAUUAAAGAUGUCCUUGUGUGGAGCAACGAUAGAAUGAUCCGUUGGGUAUUGUCCAUUGGCCUCAAAGAAUAUGCGAAUAACCUUGUAGAGAGUGGAGUUCAUGGUGCACUUGUGGCCUUAGAUGAAACAUUUGAUUACAAUGCAUUAGCUCUCUUAUUACAAAUACCGACGCAGAACACACAGGCUCGUGCUGUUCUGGAGAGGGAAUUUAAUAACCUUCUCAUUAUGGGCACUGACAGAAGACUUGAUGAAGAUGAUGAUAAGAGCUUUAGGCGAGCACCUUCAUGGAGAAAGAAGUUUAGACCAAAGGACAUAAGAGGUUUAGCUGCUGGAUCAGCAGAGACUCUUCCUGCAAAUUUCAGAGUUACAACCUCAAUGUCUUCACCCUCUAUGCAGCCAAAGAAGAUGCAGAUUGAUGGCAGUGUAUCAGGAACACAAAGAUUGGAUUCUGCUACAGUAAGGACCUACUCCUGUUAAAGCCUUCUUCUGUUUACCCACACUAUUUCUACCGGUGAUAUGCAGCAUUUUGAACAUUUGGAAAGCGUAACCUGUUAAUACUUCUUAAAUGGACACUUUGAGAUAUUUUAUUACAGAGUUUUUAAUUAGCAAAUAAAUUCAUGAGUACUAUAGAGAAAAUAUUUUAGAAUCUAAAUGUUUCUUAUAUUUAUGUGACUUCUCAUUUAUAUAGUUACUUACUUUUUUCUGUUUCUAUUCAGUCUACAAUGAAUCAUUGCUGAUUUUUAAUCUAAUUUUAGUCUUUCCAACUGAAUGUACUGUAAUGCUUGUAUGUAUAUGUCCCUAUAAAUAAUGUAAGGUUUUUGUAAAUUAUGCAGUUACUGUAAUUAUCAUUGUUUUUUAAUAAUGAAACUGAAGGUGAAAAGAAUUUUAAUACCUUUGUAAAAGUAUCAUGACACCAAGCAGUAUAUAUUUUGUCUUUUGGAAAUGUUAACUAGAUCUGAAAACAAGUCCAGCUUUUUUUCAGACAAGCGUAUGUUGUUUGUUGAAGGUAUGGUACAUAAUUGUUCUUCUUUUCAGAAGUGUACCUUUCCACAAAGGAAUUGUCAAGCAGUGGGAAUUUGUCUUUAUUUAAAAUAUAACUCGUUUGAAAAGCUGGGAAGAACUAGAACACCAUGGGACACAUUUUAGAAGUGAUUGACUCGGUCACAACUCUGUCUCUGCUGUAUUUGUAUAGCAUAUCUUCACCGUGACUGAGAACCAAGCCAUAAACCAAGAACUGUUUUUCUUAACUGAGGAAGAUAGACUUCAUAAUAAUUCCUGGUUGUAAUCCACAGGCCACAGAGAGUGCUUUUGUGCUGAUUUUUUUUUGACUGAAAGCACUUGUGGAAAGAUGCUGGUAAAACUAAUUUUAAUGGACCAGUCAUGAAACACUGCAGUCUCACGUCAAAUAACUAGUGAAAAUGAAGGUACAGUGUGCUGAGAACUAAAGCAGUGCAACUCCUAAUCAAGGCCUUACUUUUCUUACGUAAAUCAUAUUUUGUGUUUUGUAAACUUGUUCUAAAGAGUCGUCUGGACUUUAGUUUAAAUGGUUGUAGCCAUUUUGGACUGUAUGAGUAGAAAAAUGUAUCCCAACACUUGUAAAUGGCAUAUUAAAAAGCCAGCAAGAUUCUGUUCAGAUGGUGCAUUAUUUAUUAUGCAACAAUAUAUAUAUAGCAUGUCUUUUUUUCUUAUUUUGUUUUCCACUUUUAACUUGCUUGUAAAACAAAUUCAUUGUUACUGUUCUGUUUUUCUAUUAAUCUUUUGUGUAUUUUCAGAUUAUGUAACAAUAUGUACAGUCUACUUUUGAACUAUUUUUAUCACAGUAUUAUUUAUUGCUUUCUUUCAAUAAAGUACUGAUGCAUUUUCCACUGCCAAUAAAACACUAUUGAAAAGCUAAAAUCUAAUUGUAUGCAGGCAGAUACUUUUUGCGGUGAGUGGAUAUUUGUCAAUAAAGCAUCUUAAUGAUUCUUUGCUGCCCUGUACAUCUUGUUUCACAUGAAGAUUCUUCUCCAGCAGGAAAAUAUUACGUUAGAAGUGACUUUCUCUUGGGAAUUGUUCAAGUUUGUGUUGAGACUUUUUUGGACAGUACUUCAGUACUUUGACAUUACUUAGAGCUAUGAUUUACUUCUUUUUUUCACCCCACAAUGCCCUCCUCCCUCCAAUGAAACUCUAAUAUAACUUCACUGUAUUUUGGUCAGUGUGAUGAAAAUUGAAGUGCUGUUACAUAUAGCAGCAAUUAUUGCUUUGUUAAUAAAAUGAAAUUGACAGUAGUGAUAUUUGGGGGGAAGCAUAGGAGUCCAGGGAACCGAUGAAAACCUGGGUCGUAACAGGGCUGCUUAUUUCAAUUAAGAUAUGUUGUAAACCAUUUCUUGUGUAAAAGGAAAGAGACAAAUAAACUUGCUGAGCAAUUGAAGCAUAUUUCGUCAUGUCCUCAAGAUCCAGAGCAGGAUGUGGAAUGCCUGGAAUGGAAAUACUGUGAUCAAUGCUUUAAACGUCGUUUAGUAAUAAUGACUGUCUGUUUGUGUUGCUAUCUGAUAAGUGGCAGACGUUUAUAUUUUCUGAAAAGCUAUCUUUCUGGAAAAAACACUAAGGUGAAACUGCAGAAGGAAACCUCGUCUCACUGUUUAGCUAAGCAGGUAGAAAAAAAUAGCGUGUGUGUCUCUGGUUGCUGAUAUGAUGGUAGGCAUGUUCAAAGUCAUGUACUGUUGCUUCUCGAAAGUGAAAAUGCAGAAUAGACUGGUAAAAUGGGAAAAUGUGGUUAUUACUUUAAGGCUGUGAACCCUGACUGUUACGGAACAAUGGAAUCAACAUGAGAGCUAGAAUAAAAGUGAAAUAGAAAAAGCUUUCAACAAAAUUGCAAAA